AUGUCCGUCCCGUGUAGAUACGCAGCACGCAGCUGCGCGCGCACACUGCGCUCCAGCAGUUCACUCCGCGCCUCCUCUUCGUUCCUACAGAGCACCACAUCCUCGACACAGAGACGGCACAACUCGACCGAGGCAGCUGCUACGAGCCCCAAGAUCGCCGGAAUCGUCGAUCAAAUCAGUCAAUUGACUCUUCUCGAAACCGCCGACCUUGUAUCCAGCUUAAAGUCCCGACUCAACAUCCCCGACAUGCCCAUCGGAGGCUUCGCAGCAGCCGCACCCGCCGCCCCAGCCGUUGCGGAGGAGGCCGACGAGCCCGCGCCAGCCGCCCAGGAGAAGACGCUGUUCAGCGUGAAGCUGACGGCAUUCGACGCGGGAGCGAAGGCGAAGGUCAUCAAGGAGGUGAAGAACCUGUUGGGCCUGAGCUUGGUAGACAGCAAGAAGUUCGUCGAGAGCGCGCCCAAGAUGAUGAAGGAAGCCGUGCCCAAGGACGAGGCCGAGAAGAUCAUCGCCACCAUGAAGGAGCUCGGCGCCACUGUCGUUAUGGACUAA